CAUCUCCCCCGCCGCGACCGAGAAGAUAUGGCGGACGAGGGCCCAGCCCCAGCCCCCGCGGCGGCCGCCGCCGUCCCCGUCGGCGGGGCAUCCGCCACCAUACUCGACUCGCUCGGCGAGGACAUCACCCGCAUCGUCGGCCCGGUCUCCGCCUGCAUGCUCAUCGUCGUCCUCCUCGUCUCCCUGCUCUCCUCCCCCUCCUCCCCGUCCCCGCUCGCCGCCUCCUUCGCCGCCGCCGGAGGCGCCGGCCCCGGCGGGGGCGGGGGAGAUGACCUCGCCAGCGCCCUCGUCACCGCCGUCGUUUUCGUCGUCUUCGUCACGGCCGCCACCUUCCUCAUGGCGCUGCUCUUCUACUUCAGCUGCACGCCCUGCCUCCGCGCCUACCUCGGCCUCUCCGCGAUCUGGAUCCUCCUCCUCCUCGGCGGCCAGAUGUGCCUCCUCCUCCUCUCCCGCCUCCGCCUCCCGCUCGACGUCGUCUCCUGCGCGCUGCUCCUCCCCAACGCGGCCGCGGCGCUCGCCAUCGCCGCGAUCUCGCCGGCGUCCGUCCCCAUCGCGCUCCACCAGGCCGCGCUCCUCGCCAUCGCCGUGCUCACCGCCUUCUGGUUCACGCUGCUCCCCGAGUGGACCACCUGGGCGCUGCUCGUCGCCAUGGCCGUCUACGACCUCGGCGCCGUCCUCAUCCCCGGUGGCCCCCUGAGGGUUCUUCUUGAGCUGGCCAUUGAGAGGAACGAGGAGAUACCGGCGCUGGUGUACGGGGCAAGGCCAGUGGAUCCCAGGCACGGCCAGAAUUGGCGGCUUUGGAGGGAGAGGGCGCGGCAGCUCGGCGGGGAUUUGGACCCCAGCUCCACAGUUGAGGUGAUUGGUGAGGUGCUGGGGAGAAAUCCUCUUCUCAAUUCAGGUGGCAAUUCACCCAAUUCGACGACCCAAGCCGGUGAGCAGACGAACUUCACUGGUGCUGUUAGUAAUUCAAGGCUCAGGGAGUCACCGGUGCCAGAUUUGAGCUCUGGUUCUGCCAAUGCACAAGUCAGAGAGGCGCUUGCAUUGCCGGAGACUAGACUGGAUAUUGCUGAACUGAGGGUACCGUUGAUCCAGCCACAGCCAGAUAGAACCAGUGACGAUGACGACGACGAUGAUGAAGAUGGCAUCGGGUUGGGCUCAUCAGGGGCAAUCAAGCUUGGGCUGGGGGACUUCAUAUUCUACAGCGUGCUCGUCGGGAGGGCGGCUAUGUAUGACUACAUGACAGUCUACGCGUGCUACCUUGCCAUCAUUGCGGGGCUCGGCAUCACUCUGCUACUGCUGGCAUUCUACCGCAAGGCAUUGCCCGCCCUACCGGUGUCCAUCACCCUCGGCGUUCUGUUUUACGUGCUCACAAGAACACUGCUCGAGACAUUUGUUAUGCAGUGCUCCACAAACUUUCUGAUGUUUUAGCAUCCAUGUUUGUAUGUCAUUAUAGUUCACAUUCAAGGCCUUCUCCAGUUGGUUAGGUUGUAUUUUGGGAACUGUUCACCCUGGUCACGCCAUGUUUGUGAAACUGUUAAUCUGAUGGCGUACACGACAUGUUGAUAUAUGUACCGGCUCUUUACCAUUACUGUCAAAAAAUUUACGGUAUGGAUACUUGAUUUCUGGAAGAAGGUACUUUUGUUUUGAA